CUCCGCCCUUUCUGCGCAUGUUUUUUCCAAGUUCAGCCUGUGUUUAGGAUUCUUUGGCUUCAAAUGAAUUGCGAGUAAUUUUUUGGGUUCGUGGUAGCAGAACACCACAAUGGCUUCGUCUAAAGGGAAAAUAAUUACAAUUGUAGGAAGUGGCCUUAUUGGACGUUCCUGGGCCAUGGUGUUCUUGAGUGGAGGAUAUAAGGUUAAAAUCUAUGACAACCAACCGGGACAAGCAUUAAGGGCCAUCACAGAUAUCAGGAAACAAGUUGAGGAGCUCCAGGAAGCCCAAAUGCUCAGAGGAAAGCUCAGUGCCGCAGAGCAGCUGAGUCUGCUCAGCAGUCAUGAUGACCUUUCCCAGGCACUAGAGGGUGCAUUUUUUGUUCAGGAAUGUGUGUUUGAGGAGCUGGAGGCCAAGAAGAGUGUUUUUCAGGCAGUGGAAAAACUUGUGAGUGAGGAUGUCGUCCUCAGUAGCUCCACCUCCUGUUUGAUGCCCAGCAACGUCUUCUCUCUUGUCCAGAACCGCACUCGCUGCAUUAUAUCCCACCCGGUGAACCCACCCUACUAUGUGCGUUUGGUGGAGCUAGUUCCUCACCCUGAAACCCUUCCUGUGGUUAUGGACUUGGCGUAUGAACUAAUGACUGAGGUGGGACAGGCUCCUGUACGCAUCAGGAAGGAGAUUGAUGGCUUUGCACUGAAUCGAGUCCAGUAUGCUAUCAUAGCUGAGUGCUGGAGGCUUGUUAAGGACGGAGUGAUCUCUGUGAAGGACAUUGAUCUGGUGAUGUCAGAGGGUCUGGGCAUGCGCUACGCUUUCAUCGGCCCCAUUGAAACUAUGCAUCUCAACGCGCCAGAGGGUCUAGAAGACUACCUAAGACGCUACCAGGAGGGCAUGAAAAGAGUGCUGUCUAGUUUCGGGCCUGUUCCUGAGUUUGAUGGAGAGGCGGCAGCUAGAAUCAAUAAAGAGAUCUGUGAGCUCAUCCCCAAUGACCAGGAGCAUCUCUCUGCCAGGAGAGAGAGAAGGGAUCAGCUGCUGAUGGGACUGGCUAAACUGAAGAAAUGAACCACUCCUCCCCCAACACAUGCACAGCCUGAGCUGGAGGAGCAUGGAUCAUCAGAACUGAGCCUGAGCUGCAGCUGUGGUUCAGAAAACAGAGUACAGGCUAAUCCUUGUUGCUCAGGAAUGAUGUUUUGACACUGGAAUAUCUGUACUUUUUCAAGCAAUAGGGCCUCUGGCUAAAAUGAAUACAGAUUUAUAAAUGUUUAAUUAAUUCAUUAGGGACAGUGAUUUUCAGAAUUUCUGAGUGAAUGAACUGAAACUGUGUUUUAUAACCUCAGAUAUGAAAUUGAGUUUUGUUAAAAUGACAUUUACAUGGCCCAACAGAUUGAGCUCACAAUUAAAGGGAAAUAAAUGGGAAUUAGAAUCAG